CGGCUUUACACUCGCCGCUGGCAACUGCCGUCGACCAUUCUAGUGACACAUGGCAUGUUCGGCGUCGUAUUCCAACAAUCCCCGUUCACGCUGCAAUCUUGGAUAAAUACUUUGCUGCUCCUUCUCAACCCCUUAUCUCGUUCCAUUGCCUGACAAAAAACGUAGCGGCGACAACGACGACGCUACUUCCGACAUCAUACUCCCCUAUCCAGCUGUUUGUGCAGCCCGCCGAGUGGCCAACUCUUGCCUUCGCGCCCCAGCGGCCUACGUCCCAUCCCGCAUCACAUCUCGCUCCCACACGACGACGAGCUCAAGCGCCAUGACCGACACGAGCAACUCUACCCCAGCGACGUCCGCGCACACCGCGGCCGAGACUGCGUUCAAGUUCAAGGGCGACUUUAGAGCCUGGAACGCCAUGUCCAGCCAUAUGCGCGGCUUCCACAACUACUUCAAGUACGAGUUUGACAACGUUUACAAGCAAGCCGACGGAGGUUUCAAGGAAGAGGGCCACUCGUUGCCCCAGUUCCUGCGCGAGGCCGGCAGCUUGUCGCAGUCCCUCAUCAACCAUCACGCCCUGGAAGAAAACUACAUCUUCCCGGCUCUGGCCAAGAAGAUGCCGGAGCAGUUUGGCCCCCAUGGUCUAGAGAAGGAGCAGCACAAGCACAUCCAUGAUGGCCUCGAGUCCUACGAAGGCUACAUCCACUACGCCCGCUCCCACCCCGAACAGUACGACGGCAAGAAGCUGCGAGCCAUCAUGGACAAAUUCCGCGACGUCCUGUACGCCCACCUCGACGACGAGGUGCGCGACCUCGGCGCCGAAGCCCUCCAAAAGGCAGGCUUCACUCUGGACGAGCUUAGACGUGUGCCCCUGUGGCCCCGCUUCUAGCCGCGCCGAGACAAUCAUUUGUAACAACCUUUAUAGCAUAGACAUCCUGUAUCCUAGAAGUUGCAUGCAAACAAGAAUCGGCCGU